AUGCUCAACGCUGGUUUGGUGGAAGUGGAGGAGGAGCGUGGAAGAAGACCUCCGUUUCUAGAAGGCGUCCCGAAGAAUAUUCUGGAGAAGUUUGAGGCGAUUUUUAAGGAUCGAUCGAUGUCUUGGGACCAGAAAAAAUCAAAAAUCGAUUUUUUGGCUCAAAAUGUGUUGACUGGAGAUAACCUGAGGAAAUUUCAAGAGUUCAAAGCGAUGAAAGCAAAGGGAGACGCGGAAUUCAGGCACAAGGAGGCCCGCCUCUCGCCCGCCGCUCAACAGGCCAAUCAAAAGAUGAGAAAUUUGAUGGGUCGGGAGAGAUUUCAAUUUAUGCAAGGAUUAAAUGAAAAUGUGAAACAAGAAUUGAUGGAAAUGUGGAGAAGUCGUUUUGGAGGAGCAGGACAACGAAUGAUGAGAAAUCGGAGAAUCUAA